UUUGCUAGUCCGACCUCUGAUUUCUUAAGACACGAGCAUGUUGGGAAAUGUAGUUUUGUAGAGCCCUGCAGAACUGAAUAUGGGGUAUAACCAGACUUCUAGUUCCAGCAUGCCACAGCAGAUGUCUGUCACUGGCUGUCUACAUUCUCCAGUUAGAUUCCUGCUCACACAAAGGGCCCUUGUGUUGCAGGUUGUGUAAUGAAGGAGCACUAAUUUGAUAAUCUGCUGUCACCCUGGAUUAUGGAAGAUAAUAAUUCAGAAAGCCCUGAAGAAGGAUAUUUGGGGAAUACAGAUUUACAUAGCAAUGAAUGGGGGGAUACAGCAAUUGAUACAUCUGAACAAUCUGUGCAAUAUGAACAGGAUAGUGCCACAAUAUUCCCUAUGUAUGAUCCAGGAGAAAGUCUAUGUAAUACCAGCAGCACUGAUUUGGACAUUGAAACAUUUCAAAUAGAAGAGGGUGUGCCAACUUCAAGAUAUAAAUGCAGUGAUACCUUAACUAGUUGUGGAAAAUCAGGGAGAAGAAUGAAAUACAAAACAUGGUCAGGGCACAGGCAGUAUUUAUGUCUAGACUGUGGCAAAUGUUUCACUCACAGUUCAACGCUAGCAACACAUCAGAGAACUCACACAGGGGAGAAACCCUACAUAUGCUCUGACUGUGGAAAAAGCUUCACCAGGAGCUCUACUCUGGCUACUCACCAAAGGAUCCACACUGGAGAGAGACCAUAUGGUUGCAUUGAGUGUGGGAAGUGUUUUAUUCAAAGCUCGCACCUUGUUUUACACCAGCGAAUUCACACAGGACACAAACCGUAUACAUGUAAGGAUUGUGGCAAGUCAUUUAGUGAUCGGUCACACUUUGUGAUACACCAGAGAACUCACACAGGAGAAAAGCCCUAUACUUGCACACAAUGUGGAAAAAGCUUUAGCAGCAACUCAAAUCUUGUAGCCCACCAUAAACUUCACACUGAAAACACUGUAUAUAUCUGUAACCAAUGUGGGAAAAGUCUCAGUAACCGGCUAACGUAUGCAAGCCAUCAGAAAACACACUUGGCAGACAAACCUUUUGUUUGUGUAGAAUGUGGUAAAGGCUUCACUCGUAAGUUACAACUGGUGCUACACAAGAGGAUCCACACAGGAGAGAGGCCUUUUGCAUGUAAUGAAUGUGGCAAAAGGUACACACGCAAAUCCUAUCUAAUUAUACACCAGAAAAUUCACUCUGGAGAUAUUCUGUAUGUCUGUAGUUCCUGUGGAGAGAGCUUUCCUGAACAUUCCCACCUUAAAGCACAUCAGAAGACUCACAGAGAAGAGGAGGAGAUAUCUAAAUCCACUGUCACAGAAAAGGUUUCAGUGACAGGGCAAUUAUUCUUAGCUGAUAAAAAGGCUAAAAUAAAGCAAAUCUGAAAUUAAUCUAAUUUUAUAGCAGACGUAUAAAAAGAGUUGCUUGUGCAGUUUUACCUACUUUGCUGUAAAUGUUUAUCUGAAAUAAUGGUAUAUGAAGAAGAACAAGAACUAUAAUUAAUAUACAAUAAUAAUGCAAGUUUACCUGCAAAGCUGAUAUCAGAGAUGAACUAAAUGGCUUUGUUAGAAUCAUUAUGGUUCAGCUGUUUUGUCCGCAGGAUGAUAAACAGAUGUCACUUUGCAUAAAUGCUGUGUAAACAGGAAUGUUCAUCAGGCCUAAUACACUGUUUGAUUGACACGUGCCCCACCCACUCAGAGGAUGUACAUUUUUUUUCUUUUCUCUUUGGUUAUAUUAAUUUAAAGAUUUUAUUUGUUUUAUCCAAGGGAUUUUACAAAUAACUGAUCAACGUGAAAUUUCCUUUACACAAAGUUUUUCUGUAAGUAGAAUUGUUAUGGAUAAAAAUAAUUUAGUUCAUUUUAUUAAGAUUAGUCUUCUCUAUAGUAGAAAGCCUUUUUGGAGUUCAAGAUAAAGAAGACUUGUUAAAAAAAAAAAUCCACUCCUUAUCUAAGUGGCUCUGGGGCUGUUAAAGUGCCAAUGCAUAAAUGUAUACAGCAUGUCAUCAAGCAUUUACAUGAUUGCUUAGUGACUCCUGAGCAUGGAGAGGUUAGUCCUUCCUCUUUCAUUGAUAUGGUAGUCUAAACUCUCUAAUGAAGUUGGAGAAAGGAGCAAUCUAGUCAUUUUAGCACUUAAAGGGACAGGUCACUUUUUAUAUAUAUUUUGUGAUUAAUGUGCACAUAUAUGAUAUUAAAUCAGUUUUAAACCAUGGUACUGACACUUAAAUACAUUUCAUGUUAUUAGUUCCUCUUUAUCACACUGUUGCUUUAUGCAGUUAAAUGUAUUAUUCAUAUAUUAUUAUAUACAUAGAUGGAUAUAGAAUGCCACUUUUAGUAUAUAUUGUUCAUCUUAUUCAGUAUGUGUUUUUUUUGUUUGAUGUUUACAUUGAUCAACCAAAAAAUAUAGUGACAAAAAUAACAUUUUUUUUCUUGGAUUGGUAAAGUAAGAAUCUGUAUUUCCUUCUAUAUUAGAUUGGCCAAAAACCCUGUUAACCAGUUUAUAGUAUAAUUGCCGCUACAUACUGCUACAUACUGCUUUAUGCGCACUUCAUGCAAGAUACUUGAGCUGGUCAUACUGCAAAUGAUAUACAACCGCAUGCAAAUAUUAAUAUUUGAUAAAGGGAUCAUAUGAAUUCAGUGUCUCUAAUCUUACUGAUUUCUUUGGUGUCAAAGUGCAGAACAAAAUACAAUAAAUGAGGCACAUGUCUAGAUAAAAAGCUUA